CUUAUUACCUGCAAGAGUCAAGCCACACCUGAGCGAGUGAUCACCCAGGAGGUUUGGCGGCCUUUUCUCCCAAGGACAUCACUUUCAUCCUUUACAUUUCAUUUCCACAAUGACAGCAAAGAAGCGACUUGAAUGGCAGAAUCUGCUUCUGAUACUAACGGUGCUUCCCUCCUGCAGGAGUUUGCAGGUUUCAAUCCCACAGGAAGAAUAUGAGGUCGCGAGUGGAGGAGAUAUAACUCUGACAUGUUCCUUUAUUCCGGCAAAACCCGACGUCAACAUGCUGGUUCUCACAUGGGAAGCGUAUCCGGACGUUGUCGAGGAUCCAAUGGAACCUGUGGCCACCUAUUUUUUAAACAACGCGGUCGACAUCGCACCCGCAUAUGAAGGCCGGGCGUUCAUGGAAGUGGAUGUUGCCACACAACAGAGCACGCUGCGACUAACAAAGCUAACCGUACAGGACAGCCGUCACUUCCAGUGCAGCGUCAAGAUACCCAAUGACGACGAAGGAACUACCGCGUCCUCCACUUCCCUUCUGGUGUUGGUUCCUCCCUCCAAACCUCUGUGCAGGCUGCAGGGAACAGCAGAAUAUUGGCACAAUGUCACCCUCACCUGCACGUCUCAGGAGGGCUCCCCAAAACCCACUUAUGAAUGGAAGAGCUACAGUGUAGAAAACGUACCCAGACAAUUUCCACCCAAGACCACUGAGAAGGACGGAGCUCUUUCCCUGUUCAAUAUUUCAAGAGAGACUUCCGGAUUCUACAUCUGCGUAACAACAAAUCGAGUUGGCUCCGACAAGUGCAACUUUACCUUAGCGGUGAUGCCUGGCAGCACGGACUUUGGGGCCACCGCGGGUAUAAUUGGUGGCGUCGUCGCUGGAUUUCUUCUUCUUGGCAUUAUCGUCUUCUGUUGCUACAAGAAAAGGUCCAAAAAGCCCAAGAAUGCUGAAGGUUCCCCCAAAGAAAUUGAAUUUUCAGAUGCUCCUGAAGCUCGGUAUCGGGAUGAAGAGUAUCAUGGUGACAAAAAGCAGUCCGAAUACAAAGACGCCGUUCCUCAAAACAGUCACAACACGGGAACUGCUGGACAUACACCAGAAGAAGACCAUCAUCAUGGUUCCGACAGCGGUAGAUAUCGGAGCGAGCCAGACCAGGAUAGCCAGCGUGAUCAAUACCAUGGUGGUCGUGAGCGCCUUGAUCAGAAUGAGUACGGAGGACGUCGCGACAGGCUCGACGAUCACCGCGAUAGACCAGAUAGGUUUGACGAUCAGCGGAAUCGUUACGGUGGAAGUCGAGAUCGCCUCGAAGAACAGAACGAGUACAGAGGAAGUCGCGACAGGCUCGACGAUCAGCGCAAUCGCAACAGUCGCGAUAGGCUCGAUGAUCAGCGUGAUCAUUACCGCGACAGCAGAGAUCGCCUCGAAGAACGGAACGACGGCAGAGGAAGUCGCGACAGGCUCGACGAUCAUCGCGGCCGCUAUGGUGGAAGUCGUGAUCGCCUUAAUGACGCCUAUGAUCGCUAGCUCCAGGCCUCUAUUUGAGCUUAAGAAAAAUAAUUGGAUGUUUUUUCAUUUUUUACAAAUAUUUUAGUGUGCAGUGUUUCCCUUUUUUUAAUUUUUUUUAUUUUUUUUAGCAUCGAAGUGAUUGCAUGUUUCUUUGCCACAUUUGACAAAACUAUGACAUUUUGAUUGGCUUCAUAGUCCUGGGCUAUUGAAAUUUGACGAGAAAGCCAAGCUAAAAUACACCUGUGCAAUUCUUCCUUCUUCAGUUAUGUGUGAAGUAUCUUCCAUGGACUUUGUCUGACAUGAGCCUUCCAAUUGGACAGUGAUUUAAGAAUAAAAAUUAAGUUUACAUUUUAAAAGGA